ACAGCUUAAAGAACUUUGUCAUCCAAGUUGCAGAUCCAAAUUCUUUCCUGAGGGUGCUAUUUGUAAAAUGGACAACGAAUCAAAGUACCUGCUCUACAAAGGACUUUUGGUGCCUAAAAUAUGUCACACGCCAGAGAGUCUGAAAUAUGCCGAAGAGUUUUGCGUUAGGGACGACGACGUAUUCGCGGUAACCUACCCAAAAUCUGGUACAACAUGGAUGCAAGAAAUCAUCCCACUUAUUUUGAGUGAUGGAGAUCUAACACCUAUACAGACCAUUCCAACAUGGGACAGAAUGCCUUGGCUGGAGGAAACGCGAGCACAACUAUUUCUUGACAGCCGUCCCUCCCCACGCGCUAUUGUAUCCCAUUUAUGGUAUCAGCACAUGCCUCCAUCCUUCUUCAAGUCCAAAGCUAAGGUAAUUUAUGUGACACGCAAUCCCAAAGAUGUCAUUGUGUCCUCUUUUCAUUUUCACCAAAUGGCAACAUUCCUUGAUGACCCUGGCACCUUUGAUGAAUUUUUAGAGAAAUGUCUUACUGGAAAAACAUUUUUUGGAAAGUGGACAGAUCAUGUGAAGAGCUGGAGAACUCCGGAGCUGAAAGAUCGCAUUUUGUAUAUCACAUAUGAAAGAAAUGAAGCAGGUAGCACUUCAGUUUCUGACCUAAGAGCAGCAGUGGUCAAGUUUAGUCAAUUCCUUGGAAAAACCAUUAGUGAUGAAAUCAUUGACAAGAUCACUGAAAACUGCAUUUUUAAAAAUAUGAAACAGAACAACAUGUCAAAUUUCUCUUUGGUUCCAAAUGAGAUCAUGGACUCAUCAAAGUCAGAAUUUCUCCGAAAAGGAAUUUCUGGAGACUGGAAAAACUAUUUCACCACCCCUCAAAAUGAAUAUUUUAACUCUGUCUACCAGAAAGAAAUGAAGGAUACAGAAAUUCAGUUUCCCUGGGAUAAGGAGUAACAACGGUGCAGGGUUACAAUUGUAAGGGGACAGAAGCAGGAGUUUUGUUUUCUUUUUUAUCCUUUUAUUUUCAGAAUACAAUAUUUAAACAUGCUUUUUAUUCAUAUUGUACUGUAUGUGUUUUAUACUUAAAAAUGUACUGAAGUUUAUAAGGUAUACUAUAAACAUAUAUGAUGUUUUAAUAAUUUUAUUAUAACCUUCAAGCUAUUACUUUUAUGUAAAAUUAUUCAUGCCAAAAUGAAAUACAAUUCAGUUUGUUCACUAUUUUUCAAUGCAAUGCGUAUAUGCACAUGUUGCAUUUAAUUUUGACACGGUUUUAUUGUGUCAUAAUUAAAAACAAGUGAUCAAUUG